AUGUCUCUCACUCCCAGGAGCAAGAAGGAAGACGACCCGAAGAUGAUUGGGUUGUGGAAGAUCGGCAGGACCAUCGGGAAGGGGAGCUGUGGACGCGUGCGUAUUGCGCGACACAGCAAGACGGGCCAAUAUGCUGCUGUUAAGAUUGUCUCCAAGACCAACAUAAUGACCUCCAGGAUGUCACUGCGUAGCCUGGGCGACGAGGCCGACCGCAUCCUGCACAGCAUCGAGCGGGAAAUCGUCGUCAUGAAGCUCAUUGAGCACCCCAACAUCAUGCGCCUUACGACGCCGGCUCCCCAGUCCGAGGCCCUCGGCUUCUUCCAGCAGAUAAUCACCGCGGUCCAUUACUGCCACCGCUUCAAUAUCGCCCACCGCGACCUGAAGCCGGAGAACCUGCUCCUGGACCACAACAAGAACAUAAGGUCGUCGACUUCGGGAUGGCCGCUGGCAGGGCAAGGCCGAUCUCCUCCGACAUCGUGCGGAGCCCUCACUACGCCGCCCCGGAGGUGUCAUGGGGCGCACUACAACGGGGCGUCUGCCGACACUUGGUCUUGCGGCGUGAUCCUCUACGCUCUGCUCGCCGGUAGGCUGCCCUUCGACGACGACGACCUGACGACGUUACUCGAGAAGGUGAAGAACGGCAAGUUCCAAGCGCCCAAGGACAUUGAUCCGCGCGCGAGCGACCUCAUCUCCAAGAUGCUCACGAAGGACAUCAUGCAGCACCCGUUCUACACGUCACAGCCGCCGAAGAAGAUGGACUGCGACGUCCCGAACCUGGACGAGAUCGCGGCGCCGCUCAGCAGCAAGGAUGACAUCGACUCUGAUCUCUUCAGCAACCUGCGCUCUCUCUGGCACGGCCGUCCCGACGAGGAGAUCAUUGCCAGCCUUCUCAGCAAGGAGCCGUCCUGGGAGAAGGGUGUCUACCAUCUCCUCGUCCGCUACCGCACCAACCACAUGGAGAAUUACGACGAGGACGAAGAGAAGCUCUUGGCGAAGCGCAGGGGGCGCUCGGAGCUCCUAGCUUCUCUGCCUCCUCGCACGGGGCCUCCCACUCCGAGUCGGGCAGCGCGAGAGGGGCUGCCGCAGGCAUCGCCGUCGCCGAGCCGAGGACUGAGCCAGAUGCGACAGCUAUCGUUCUUGACUUCGAGUCUCGCUCUGAACAACAUGGCCACCUCGUCCACGCCGCGCAAGCAGCAGCCCUCUUCUGUCAGCGCAGCUACGCCGACAUCAGCUCUCCUGUCACCCCUGCCCGCGACACCUGCGAGUCCCGCCGUCCACCAUGGCAACGUGAUGCAGGACGAGCGGAUCCAGCAAUUCAUGCUUCAGGUCGCAGAACAUCUCAGCGUCAUGCAGCCGGGAGGGGCGCCGCCGCUCGACUCCGUCCAAUCGCCCAGAACGACGGGUGCCCCGCCAUCGACGCCCUACUCGAUGGAUCCGAGAAGCCCCGGGCGCAACAUGCAGACUCCAUUGGGACGACGAGGCAUGCCCUCAGUCGAUGUGUUCGGCGCAGAGGGCUCGGCCCAAAGCAAGACGACGCAGCCUCUCAAUGUCCGACCGAGAUCUCCUGCGAAGUCACUCACGGGCGUCGACAAGGAGAAUGUCCCCCGUCUCACUGUCAACACACGACUCGGGGCUCAAUACAUGCAUUCACCAGCGCGGAAGUCCUCUGCAUACGGUACAGAUAGCGGGCGACGCGUGCAGAUCCUGGAGCCGCCGGUCAUCGAGAGGGGUCGCCUCAAGAAGAGGCGCAGCCCCGUACCGUCGCCCACCUCUCCAGCAUCCGUCGCGAUGUCGACGGGGUCGUCCUUCGUCCUCUCCUCCACGCCUAGACGCGCUGUUCAAGCCGACGCAGUUCCACCUCCUGUCAUCGCAGAUGCGCACCGCUCGGUGAGCGUCUGCCGCCAGCUGCUCGAGCAGAUGGGCGUCACCUCCGCACUGGCAUACGAGCCAUCAGAGGACCCAAGCUCCCCUGACUCGGACACGUUCACCCUCAAGUGCUGGCUCGAGGACUCGCGCGAUACCCGGGGAGCAAUGUCCUCGCUCAAGGGCGUACGCUUCCGGGUGGAAGUUCAUCGGCCGAGCUCCAUCCAGACCAUGGCGGGGUACGCGGUGCUUCUGAACUUGGUGCUGGAGAAGGGCGCGGCGACGACGCUGAAGCUGGUGUACAACAGGCUGAGGAGGGAGUGGGACUUGGACUCGCAGCCUUCUGCGCCGGCCAGUCGCAGUUCCGUGAUGGAGGAUGACGAGCGCUUUGUAGAGGUGGUGUACGCGCAGUGA